ACACACACACACACACACACAUAUGUAUAUACAUAUAGGAGUCAAUUAGAUUUAGCAUUGAAUUUGCAGUGAAGUUGAAAUGGCGCUUCCGAUUCCCGUUGUGGCGCAUCCAUAUUCCUUAGCAAAUGCAGUUGAAAGGCCAGGCCGAGAUAGGGCUGUUUGUGUUUGCAGCCAAGUAACGAAGCAAGCCAAUUUGCAGCUGAAUAUGCAGGAAAGGCCAUCAGCCAACUACCAGCCUACCACUUGGACUCCAGAUUUUGUCAAGUCCUUGAAGAAUUACAACCCUGAUGAGGUACACAAGGAAAGAGCGAAGAGGGUGAGGGAGGAGGCGAAGGGUAUGAUAUGCGAUGAGGAUGCAGAUCCAUUGGCCACACUGGAGCUGAUAGAUGACAUUAAAAGAUUGGGCUUAGGCCAUCUCUUCAAGGAGGAUAUAAGCAAUGUACUUGAUAGAAUGCAGUCAACACAAGCUGGGGGGAAUAAUGUGGGAGAAAAGAGGAGCCUUCAUGCCACUGCUCUCCACUUCAGACUCUGUAGAGAACAUGGCUACGAGAUUUCCCAAGAUGUGUUCAAGAGUUCUAAGGAUGAAAAGGGCGACUUCAUCGAGGGCCUUGGGGAGGAUGUCAAAGGAUUGCUCAGUUUGUAUGAAGCUUCAUAUCUAGCUUUCGAGGGAGAAGACCUUUUGGAGGAGGCUAAAGCAUUUGCAAGCUCACAGCUUAUGGGUGUUAAGGGCGACAUAGACGCUGCCCUAAGGGACCAAAUAAACCAUGCAUUGGAACUUUCUUUGCACCACAGGAUGUCGAGGCUGGAAGCAAGAUGGUACAUUGAAAAUUACAGUCAAAGGAAAGGCCCAAAUCACCAUCUUCUUGAUCUGGCAAAGUUGGAUUUCAACAUGGUGCAAUCUAGACAUCAAAUAGAGCUCCAAGAAAUGUCAAGGUGGUGGGAGGAUACCAGGUUGGCAAAGAAACUGAGUUUCGCAAGAAAUAGACUCAUGGAAUGCUACUUUUGGGCACUGGGCAUGGUCCCCGAUGAGCACGAAUUAAGCGAUUGUCGCAAGGGGCUAACUAAGGUGGCAGCAUUUGUAACUAUUAUUGAUGACAUAUACGAUUUCUAUGGAUCUUUGGAUGAACUUCAACUAUUCACUGAGGCUAUUGAGAGAUGGGAUAUAAGCACUUUGGAGGACCUUCCUGACUACAUGAAACUGUGCUUCUUGGCUUUGUACAACACUAUCAACGAAAUGGCCUAUGAUACUCUUAAAGAGCAAGGGUUGAACAUAGUACCAUAUCUAGCAAGAGGGUGGACAGAUAUGUGCAAAGCCUUUUUAUUAGAAGCAAAGUGGCGCUUUAAUAAAGAAACACCAACACUGGAGGCAUAUCUGGACAACGGAUGCACAUCAGUAUCAGGGCUUGUUUUUCUGAUUCAUGCCUAUUUUUACGUGACAAAGAAUAUCACACAAGAGUCACUCCACAGCUUCAGCAUCUACCCAGAUCUUUUAAAAUCCUCUUCCAUGAUUUUUAGGCUUUGCAACGAUUUGGGCACUUCUAAGGACGAAAUGGAGAGAGGUGAGUCUGCAAAUUCAAUAUCGUGUUACAUGCUAGAGCAUGGAGUUUCAGAACAUCUUGCUCGCGAGCGUAUAAAAAGUUUAAGGGAUGAAACAUGGAAGAGGAUGAACAAAUGUAGAAUGGGUUCUACUUUUGAAAGAUCAUUCAUUCAAAUAGCUAUAAAUCUUGCUCGGAUUGCUCAAUGUACAUACCAACAUGGAGAUGGGCAUGGAGCUCCGGAUGCCGAAGCAAAGAACAGAGUAUUAUCAGUGCUAAUUGAACCCAUUCAACUCGUGGAAAGAAAAUUACCAAAUUAUUAAAAGUGUACCCCUAAAGUUUGUUAAGUUAGUCUUCUAAUUUAGUAUUAUUAAUGUUAUUAAAUGUGAGUUACUAGAUUUGGAACGAUUCCAAUAAAUUAUUGUAAAUAAUGCUUAUUAUUAUCAUUAUGAUUAUUUUUUAUUUUUUAAUAAAUAGAUCUAAUCUUUGGGGCUCAA